UUCACACCGCUGCCCCCAAACCCGGGGGGCUACCGAGAGACCCCGACCCUGUGUCAGCCGAACCCAGAGCAGCUCCAACCCAACCCGUGUCAGCCGAACCCAGAGCAGCUCCAACCGAACCUGUCGGCGGGGCAGCGGCUGAAGCUCAGCCCGGUGCCUCUUUAUUCCCUGAUACUUUCCAUCCUGCUCUCCCUUCGUCCACGCCGCUGCCUGACAACCGGAGCAGUUAAUGCCGAGCCGAUGGGCACCUCCGGAGCCGGGUGACAGCCGGGACCCUCCCGAACCGGGUCGACAGGAGGUUCCGAGACACCGAGACAUCAAACUAACGCUCGGCCGUGGAUUAUCCAGCCUGGGUGGAUGCUCUCGGCUCUCGGGCAGCGCCAUGCGGGCUCCGCGGCCGUGCGGGGUGUGCGGGGCUGCCGGGGCCGCCAAGUACCGGUGUCCGCGCUGCUCCGCGCUAUAUUGCUCCGUGCCGUGCUGCAGGACCCACCGGGAGCGAUGCGCAGCGGAGCCCCAGGGUGCGGUGGUGGCGGUGGCAGCGGACAGGGCCUCCCCCGUCCGGCAGCAGGGAGACAGCCCCUGGUCGGUGGAGGACAUCCUGACGGCGGAUGAUGAGCAGGACCGCGUCCCGCUGCAGAAACUCAAGCUGCUGGGGGAAUCAGAAGAACUGCGAGGUUUGCUCCUGAAUCCACACCUCAGAGAGCUGCUUCUGACAAUUGAUCAAGCAGAAGAUAAAAGCUCUCUCAUGAGGAAGUACAUGCAGGAGCCUUUAUUUGUUGAGUUUGCAGACUGCUGCCUGAGGAUAGUUGAACCUCCAGAGAAGGAGAACAUUCUGCCAGAGUGAGCUACUUUGGGAACAUUUUUCUUUCCUUCAGAGUUUUUCUCCAUUCAGCAGCACCCCCUCCCACAGGGUGCAGCAUUCUGUUUCCUCAAGGCUUGGUCGUGCUUUGUUUAUGGAUGUCAGGGCUUUAAUUAUCAAUUUUGAGUUGGUAAACAGUGUCAGAGUGUUGGAGAGAUUUCUGGAUGCUAGGAAUUAGAGUUGGUGUUCUGUAGACUUGUUUUCUGUUGGUACAGGAUACUGCCAACCAUGGGAAAGGUUACUUCCCAGUGACAAUUAAUAUUAAAUAUAUUUGCCUUUGUUUUAAUCCACAAA